AAAGAGAAUGCCGCUUCCGUAUGAGUGAACAUGGUCCUCCUGGCUACGGUAUAUCACAGCUGUGCAGUGGCUCGUCUGGCUGAGUGAGCGUUGUCUUUGUGGUUUUCUCUUCCACGUAUCGGCCAUGUAAAUUCCCAUCAUAGUACUGCCAUCCAUGUUCUUGUCGGUACUUGAUGAGGCUCAACUGAUCUAGCGCAUGAUAAGAUCAGGGAUUGAGGCCCUAAUGUGAAGCCUGAAUAAUCUACUCCGCUGCUUCUCUUCUUUCAUUUUGCCCAACAGCGGUUGCUUGGAGUCCUCGCGGUGACUUGAGACUUCUCCCUUCUCUACUGGCUUGAUCCUCUUCUAGGUGUUGUCGAAAUUCCGACUUACUGGGCAUACUUAAACCUCAUCACGGCGAAGACAAGUAUCAAUGUUGCCAUGCCGGUGCGAUCACAUUACCCCAAAAAGAUAUCGUUGAGAAAAAGUUGUAAGGGUCUCCUGCGUGAACGUCUGCAGAAACGUGUGAGGCCUUCACGCACUGAACUACAGAAGCUAGAGAAGGAGAAGAAGCGAAGGUCACGUCCCCAAGCAUCAGCAUCACCGUCAUCGGUAGCAAAGCCUUCGACGUCUUCCGAAGCAGAAAGACUCAUAGCCGUGGCUUCAGAAACAAAUCUGUUACCAGAAGCACCGAACGCUCUCUUAGGGAGCAACGUCGAAAGCCCAGGAGUUCAAAAUCAGACGCUCAUUGCUGCAAACAACAGCAAUAUUGACGAGUCCAAUAUAAUUGUCGUCGACCCUGAGGGUCAAUCUCAGGCACAAACCUUUUGUCCUUUGGGAUACAAUACUCUCGCUACGUCAGCUCCCUAUUCUGAGCCAUAUUUAUUACCAAUAUCGGAAGAGAACAUCCAGUAUACUGCUCCCAGUUUUACCUCCUCUAUCACCCAAGUAUCGGGCUUGGAGACUGAUAUCAAUGACCACUUUCUCCUGUCAGAGCCAACACAGACCACAUCCUGGGAUGACUUUGGUGCUCCCUCUAUUCAGAGCCCUCUAGUACACACCCAAGACUUUGGUAACCCCUCCGGCCUUGCUUGGCCUUUAAACAUGGGACAAGACGUUCAGCAAGGACUACCACCACCUGCCCCCGAUAUCUCCUCUUCUUCUUCUGCUGGACAGGAGUUGAACCUGGUCAAAGUAACAUAUGAUGGCGGCUAUUCAACCCGCCAAGUGGUCGAAUUCGACGGCAGGUCGAACUUCAACUUCAUAGCCCAGAGCUAUGUUGAUAUACUCCAACGUUCAUCUCCUAUACAAGUCAUAAGUCUCCCACCAGGAAUCGGCAGAAAGACUCAAUGUCCCAAUGGUACAUUAAUCAACAUCGAACAAAUCUUGUACGCCGGGAUAGAGUUCGAGUCUCAUCACCUCCCAUUCCCUCCUACUCGAGUAUACUUUGUCGUAUACGAUGACUUCAGGGGUGAGGAUGGGGUUCAUAUGACCCUGGGCCGUGAUUGGGUUGGCAAAAUCGAGCAGGCCUAUCCACGAGUUGGCUACCAGGGUCAACGAUAGAUUCUUAAGAGAUCUAUUCAAACUCCACGUGAAGCACCAGAGAUAGGUGAAGCUUCCGUGCAGUACACCAUGGUUAAGUUGCAAAAUUUCAACCCAUGGCCAAGUUUAAUACGUUAUCGAAGAUCCUCACCAGGCCCAGUAGCCAGAGGCUCUCAAAAUGGUCCAAGUUAUUGUUAGGCGUGGAGGUGGCUCGGAGCCGUGUAGCUCAGAGACUCCUCCCGUUUUGUCCUGUCUUUGACUUUGCGUCCUUUACAUUUUUCUUAUCUGGUUUCAUUAUCCAUCUAUACUUAGUCCUUUCUGAUUGCGGUCGAGAUGUUGCAGUUUUUGGCUUUGCCAUGUCCAACUCAAGGCUUAUGCCUUACAGAACUUCGUGUCGAAGGAUGACGACAGGGUUGUUUGGGGUGUUUUCUCCUGCACAUGACAUAUAUUUACGGUCUUUGUAUCUGCGGCUUGCAGCUUCUUGCUUGUUGACGACAACGAAUGUUUUGGCGGUUUAUGAUUUUGGGUCUUUUAUUAAAUAUUUGUAUGGUUUGAGACGCAGAAUGAGAUAUCAUCAUACAAACAAAUUCGCCUGCAA